AUGACUUCUUUCGAAAACAAAGCAAUUGCCAUCACAGGCGCAGCCAGUGGUAUGGGCCUCGCCACGGCCAAGUUGCUUGCAUCCCGUGGUGCCUUACUAUCCUUGGCCGAUCUGAAUGAUGCUGCAUUGCAGAAGGUCAUAAGAACCUUGCCGGGCGGUCCUUCAAGGCAUCUCGGUGUAGCUGUCGAUGUCCGUAAAGCAGACUCUGUUCAGGACUGGAUUGACAAGACAGUCGAGAAGUUCGGUAAGCUUGAUGGCGCCGUCAAUAUGGCUGGUGUUCUUGGCCCCUCCCAUACUUCUAUUCUGGACACAACCGACAAGGACCUCGACUUUGUCAUGUCUGUCAACGUCAAUGGCGUUUUCAAUUGUCUCAAGUCGCAGAUCAAAGCCCUCAAACAGGGCGGUGCCAUCGUCUCUGCAGCUAGUAUCUCUGGCCAGGUAGGCCUCCCAAAUAGCUCCAUCUACUGUGCCAGCAAGGCGGCAGUCAUCUCCCUCUCCACUGCCGCGGCUAAAGAGAAUGGUCAUCUACGCAUCAACUGUGUUGCUCCAGGUGUCGUUUAUACCCCAAUGUCUGCGGACCACGACCCUAAGCGUGUAGAGAAUGGCCUGAUGGCCAAUGCUCAGAGGAAAAUGGGCACCGCCCACGAAGUGGCUACGGUGAUUGCGUUUCUACUAAGUCCGGAAGCUAGCUUUGUGACAGGAGCUGUAUACAAUAUUGAUGGUGGAUGGAUCACUUCGGGAAAGACUUCGGGUCAGAGUAAAUUGUAA